AUGAAUAGCAAAGAUAAAGAUGUUGUUGUUGAUGAUUAUAAAUAUAUUUUAUUAAAGAAAAUAAUUCAUUCUAAAUAUAUUUAUUUAAAUAUUUUAAAGUUUAUAAACGAACUUCAUAGAGAUUUGAUAAAAAAUAGUAUUAAUAAUAACAAUAAUAAUUACAAUAAUAAUCAUAGUAAUAAUAAUAAUAAUAAUAGAAUUUAUAAAAGUAUAUUACGAUGGAAUGAUUUACAAUCGAAUAUACAUCAAUUAAUAAUUUAUAAUUAUAAUGAUCAUUUUAAAAUAUUAUUUAAAAAUCAAUUUAUAAAUGAAAAUAAUAAUAACAACAACCAUCAUUUUGAUUUAAAUAAAUAUUAUUCACCUUUAUGUUCAAUUUUAAAUACAUCUAUUGUCAGUAGGAAUUUAGAUAUACUAAAAUACAUAAUAAAUAUUAUAUUUUAUAAACCAAAAGAUAAUAUUAAUAGAAAUAGUAGUAAUAAUAUUAAUAAUAAUAAUAUAAAUAAUGGCAGUGGCAAUAAGUUAUUAAAAUUAUUUAAAUUGCAAAAAGAGAAAAAGGAAAAGGACAAAAUUGGAAAUAAAAGUGGUGAUGUAAAUGAAGAGAAUGAUAGUGAUGAUCACAAAAAAUUUGAUUUAUUAGAUUACAUAUUGGGAUUAGCAAGCACUAAAGGUUAUUUGGAAUUGGUUAAAUAUAUUCAUUGGUUAGUAGUAGUAGUAGAGUCAGAUAAUGAAGAUGAUAAUGUUGAUAAUGUUGAAGAAGAAGUAGAAGAUGAUGAAUCAAAAGUUUAUGAUCAAUUAGAUUUAGAAUCAAGAUAUGAAAUAUCUAGGAUCUGUAGGAAAUUUUGUUCGAAACAACAGUUGUUUAAUAGUAAUAUAUUGGAUUGUGCUGCUAUCAGUGGCAAUCUCCAGCUGGUCAGAUUCCUGCAUGGCUAUGCAAAGACAACAGAUGGUAGCUGCUCUUUCAGUGUAUCUGCAAUCGAUGGGGCGGCGGUCGCUGGCCACAUCGAGGUAGUGCAAUUCCUUUAUGAGAACCGCACCGAAGGUUGCACAUCGUACGCACUUGUAGGCGCAGCAUCAAAUGGCCAUUGCAACGUUGUUUCCUACCUCUUGAAAUACGACAAUGAAUCUACGAAUUUUAAGAAUAUCAAUGGUGCUAUCAUGACAGCGAUAAUCAAUGGACAACAUGAAUGCUUUACAAUAUUGAGUUCAUACAAAACAAAUAAAUUCACCUAA